AUGUUCCCCGACAAGGGAUUACCCGGCGUGGCUUAUCCGACAAGGCCUCUGCCACACUUUGACUCUCUCUGGGGCCAGCUGCAGUACUACAUCUAUGCCGAGGUCCUCACCACUGAUCCCAUCGGUCAGCCUGUUGUCCGAGCCGAUUCCGAAGACCCAGAGCCUCUACUUGACCCCCAUCUCUGGACAAUCCCUAUCGAGUUUAUGAGCUCCAUGGUGGUGUUCAUGUUCUUGACGGCUUUCACCAGAGUGCAUAACAAAGUCAGGAUGCUCUUUGCACUAAGCUUAGCGAUAUAUCUCCAAUGCGUCUUCGUCUAUUGGGCUAUGUUCUUGUUUCUCAGCGGCAUGUUCUUGUGCGACCUGCAUUUGGAACUCGAGGACUGGAAAUGGAGGUGGCCAACCAGGCAACUUGAGCCCGAACACCGGGGUACUUUGCCCUCGGAUGGGGCCGUACAUCGAACGGAACGAGGCCACACGUCUUAUCGCAUACUUGGACGGGGCGUCGGGCUCGUAUCAUUCUUGAUCUCAUUGUGGCUGCUUAGCAUGCCAGAAGACAUGGAGGAUGCAGCGAAGUCACCUGGCUACGUGAACCUAGCAUCCAUGGUCCCAGCAAGAUUCAAAGAGGCCCUUGUAAUACCAAUCGGUGCAGUGCUAACAGUGUUCAUUGUCGACCAAAACCCGUUCUUGCAGAUUCUUUUCACCAACCGUUUCUCCCAAUACAUGGGCAAGAUCUCUUUCUCGCUGUAUAUGAUCCAUGGUCCACUCCUGUAUUCACUAGGCUUGGUCCUAGCUCGGUGGACUUUGGGUGUUGUCGGCGGCGGAGACACUGAGAUAUCCUACAUUUGUGGCAUUUUCUUGGCAUUCAUCCUAUGGGCGCCUGCGGCGAUAUAUGUUUCGGACAUGACUACGACCUUCGUAGAUGCGAAGGCGAUAGAAUUUUCAAAGUGGGCAUAUAAGAUGCUUUUGAAGAAAGAGUGA